AUCCCACAUAAGAACUCAUAUGGGAGAGAAACCAUAUACUUGCUCUGUAUGUCAAAGAUGUUUUUGUGGUUCAAGUGGUUUCAUAUAUCACAUGAGAACUCAUACGGGAGAGAAACCAUAUACUUGCUCUUUAUGUCAAAAAAGUUUUUCUGGUUCAAGUACUCUCAAAAUUCACAUGAGAACUCAUACGGGAGAGAAACCAUAUACUUGCUCUGUAUGUCAAAAAAGUUUUUCUGAAUUAAUUACUCUCAAAUGUCACAUGAGAACUCAUACGGGGGAGAAACCAUAUACUUGCUCUGUAUGUCAAAAAAGUUUUUCUGCUACAAGUAAUCUCACAAAACACAUGAGAACUCAUACGAGAGAGAAACCAUAUAAUUGCUCUGUAUGUCAAAAAAGUUUUUCUUACCCAAGUGCUCUCACAAAACACAUGAGAACUCAUACGGGAGAGAAACCAUAUAAUUGCUCUGUAUGUCAAAAAAGUUUUUCUGGUUCUAGUACUCUCAAACGUCACAUAGGAACCCAUACUGGAGAGAAACCAUAUACUACUUGCUCUGUAUGUCAAAGAAGUUUUUCUGAUUCAAGGAAUCUCAAAUGUCACAUGAGAACUCAUACAGGAGAGAAACCAUAUACUUGCCCUGUAUGUCAAAGAAAUUUUACUCAAUUAUCUUGUUUAAAAAAUCACAUGAAAACUCAUACUGUAAAGAAACCAUAUACUUGCUCUGUAUGUCAAAAACAUUUUUCUGUUUCAAGUACUCUCACAAAACACAUGAGAACUCAUACGGGAGAGAAACCGUUUACUUGCUCUACAUGUCAAAGUAGUUUUUCUCAACCAAGUAAUCUCAAAAGACACAUGAAAACUCAUACAGGAGAGAAACCGUAUACUUGCUCUGUAUGUCAAAGAAGUUUUUCUGAUUCAAGUGCUCUCAAAUAUCACAUGAGAACUCAUACUGGAGAGAAACCGUAUACUUGCUCUGUAUGUCAAAAAAGUUUUUCUAAUUCAAGUAAUCUCAAAUGUCACAUGAGAACUCAUACAGGAGAGAAACCAUAUACUUGCUCUAUAUGUCCAAGAAGUUUUUCUGUUUCAAGUCAUCUCAUAUAUCACAUGAAAACUCAUACAGGAGAGAAACCAUAUACUUGCUCUGUAUGUCAAGAAAGUUUUUCUGUUUCAAGUACUCUCACAAAACAUAUGAGAACUCAUACGGGAGAGAAACCAUAUACUUGCUCUGUAUGUCAAAAAAGUUUUUCUGACUCAAGUCAUCUCAAAAGACACAUGAAAACUCAUACCUGAGAGAAACCACAUACCUGCUCUGUAUGUCAAAAAAGUUUUUUGUACAUUUAACUUCCCUGUCAGAUAUAUACUUAGCUAUAGACUCCGUCGUUCCCGACAGAAAUUCGAAUUUCACGGCACACGCUACAGGUAGGUCAGGUGAUCUACCGCCCUGCCGCUGGGUGGCAGGAAUAGGAACCAUUCCCUUCUUCAAAUCAGAUUUUCUCUGUCGCCGGUGCCUACAACAUCGUUGUUGGUACCUCCUGACUUGAUUUUUGUAUUUUCAUCGCCGUUGAUCUUCUGGACUGUCUUUUUGAUGACGUAUUUUGGAUCUGUGGUUUGGCAUACGCUUUUGUGGACUGUUUUUUGGAUUUUGUUUCGGAUUGUGCUCAAAAUGUCUGACUCUAGCUGCGAAGUUAGAAGAUGUGUGAAUGAGGGUUGUUUGGGGAGACUACUGAAAGUGUCGCUAGAUCCUCACAAUGUAUGCAAGAGGUGUAGGGGGUAUGAAUGCUCUAGAAAUAACACUUGUAAUGAAUGCGUGAAUAUGAAUGAGGAAGAAUGGAAGACUCUAGAUUCCUACUUAAGGAAACUAGAGAUAGGUAGGGUUAGAAAAGCUGCCUCUAGAAGUCUGAGUAGAUCUUGCUCUAACAAGCCAGUUAGUAUAACUAACCUCCAAUUAAUUGCUUCCUCACAUGCAGUAUCACCCUCUCCCAUAGCAGAUAAUGCAAAUUCUGCUACGGAGAUUGCAAAUCUGAAGACCGCAUUAAGAAGGAUGGAGCUUAAAAUGCAAGCUCUUCAAGGUAAGACUGUGGAAAGUGACGUAAGUGUCCCCAGUGUAGUGGAGGGUGCGUCUGAUCGGCUCUGUCUCGCUCCCAGGCCUAGACCUCUUCCAAGCUCCCAGGCCCAGAGGAGAAGGAAUGUCGACAGCCGUACGGAGGUUAUGGAGAAUCCCCACCAAUCAGGCGUCCCCUCGGCAGAAUCUGUAGCAUCCCAGACUGCCAAGGAUCGCCAUUGGAAAGGCAUCGUAAAAGAGUACUUUUCGUCAUCCGAUUCGUCUCCCCGCAGGAGGAGUUGGAAAGCGCCUACGCUGGACUCGAGCCCGGGGAACGUUUCCCAGAGGAUUCUCCCUGCGAGAGGAAAAGAGCCAAGAGGACAUGGAAUUCUGCUCUAAGAUCACGAUCUCCUACGCCUUCCAGGGCGCAUUCUCCUAUUCCUGAUAAGGAAAAGGAACAAACAGCGACAGAUAUCCUACUUAAAAUGCAGGAGCAGAUAUCUUCAUUAGUAGGAGUAUUAAGAAAAGACCCUCCCAGGAGAAAAGACUUUUCUUCCUGUUAAGAGAUCUCGUCCGGUGGGCGUUCCAGACUCCAGGCUCCUCUCCUAUACUCCUCGUCCAAGAACAGAGACAAUAACGGAAGAACGGACGGAAACUCAUAGACUUGGGACGUCAGAUACGGACAGUGACAACGAGUGUCUGAGUCGGACAGAUCCAGCCAGGCGCCGAGUGGACGACGUGGAUAGGAAAAAGUGUCCUACACGGACGGCGCCAACCAGACACCAGACCCGGACAGGCAGAAUUAUAGUGUGCAGACAGCUACGACCAGACGCCAAGCGCCAGAUACGGACAACCUGGACAAGGCAGACAGCCAGGACAGGAAAAAACGUCGUACGCAGACCCUGUCAAAAGGAAGACCCUGCUUCAGCUAGUAGAACAAAAGUUGGAGAAGGAGGCCAUAGAAUUAGUACAGGACCCACACUCUCGGGGCUUUUACAAUCGACUGUUCCUCGUACCAAAAGCCUCGGAGGGUGGAGACCGGUCCUGGAUGUGAGCACAUUGAACAGAUUCGUGGAGAAACAGAAGUUCUCCUUGGAAACUUCCAACUCGGUUCUUGCUGCUCUACGUCCAGGAGAUUGGAUGGUCUCCUUGGAUCUACAAGACGCAUAUUUUCACGCCCUCUGAUCCGCCAUCGAGGAAAUAUCUACGUUUCAUGAUGCAGGGAAGGUUUUUUCAAUUCAGGGCUCUGUGCUUUGGCCUGUCUACGGCUCCUCAAGUGUUCACGAGCCUGAUGAGGAACGUAGCACGAUGGCUUCAUCUGGAGGGGGUGAACAUAUCCCUUUAUUUGGACGACUGGCUAAUAAGGGCCAAAACAAAACAACAGUGUUUGGAGGACUUGGAAACGACUUUGGAUCUUGUUCAAUCUCUUGGACUGCUCGUGAACCUCGAGAAGUCUCAGAUGAUCCCCAGCCAGAAUAUUGUCUAUCUGGGGAUUCAGAUGGAUUCUCGGGGUUUUCGAGCGUUUCCGUCGCAAGACAGAAUUGCUCGAGGCUUGGAAAAAGUCUCAACCUUCUUAGGGAAAGAACGAAGCCCAGCGAGGGAAUGGUUAAGUCUUCUGGGCACCCUUUCGUCGCUGGAGCAGUUGUUUCCCUAGGGAGGCUCAUUCUGAGACCUCUGCAGUUUUACCUGCAAAGGAUGUGGAACCGAAAGAAAGGGGAUCUUUCGGAUUCAUUUCCCAUCCAACAAGAGAUCAAGUCACACCUGAAGUGUUGGUUAACCCCUCUUCGAAAGAACGAAGGAAUAUCCCUCUCGAUUCGGAACCCUCUCCAUGUGUUUGUUUUCCGACACUCGGGAAACGGGAUGGGGAGCAACACUAGGAAAGAAGGAAGUGUCAGGCACCUGGACAAAAGAACAGGUGUCCUGGCAUAUAAACGUGAAGGAACUUAUGGCUGUUCAUCUAGCCUUGAAGAACUUCGAGUCGGAGGUCAGAGGCGUGGUAGUCCAGGUAAACUCGGACAAUACCACGGCUUUGGCUUACAUCCGAAAACAGGGGGGAACUCACUCGUUCACACUAUACUACAAGAUAGCAAGAGACCUCUUGAUAUGGGCAGAGGAACGGGGCAUUGUGCUACUGACGAGGUUUAUUCAAGGAACCAAGAAUCUAAGAGCAGACAGACUCAGCAGGAAGAACCAGGUCCUUCCAACAGAGUGGACCCUCCACUCAGAAGUCUCCCGAAAGCUCUGGUCCCUCUGGGGGAAGCCUCAGAUAGACCUGUUCGCCACGUUCCUCUCCAGAAGGAUGGAAAACUUUUGCUCCAUAGUGUAAGAUCCCAGAGCAAUAGCAAUAGAUGCCCUUCUCAUGGACUGGUCGGGCAUAGAUGCCUACGCUUUUCCCCCAUUCAAGAUCCUGGGGGAAGUGCUAAGGAAGUUCCGUUCCUCGAAGGGAACAAGACUAACACUCAUCGCUCCCUUUUGGCCCGCUCGAGAUUGGUUCACAGAGGUACUGGAAUGGACGGUGGACUUCCCCAUAUCUCUUCCCGAAAGGACAGAUCUGCUCA